GACGGGCCAUCAUGUAAAGAAUGUAAUCAAGGCUGGUAUGGUACAAGCUGUAAAUCUCAAUGUCCUGAUAAUUGUGUCGGAGGGUGUGGUAACCUCGAUGGUAGAUGUAAUGACUGUAAACCUGAUACAGCUGGUCCAUACUGUAACAUUACUUGUGGUACAGGGUGUCAACCAACAACAAACCUCACAACAUGUGAUAGAAAUGGUAGAUGUACUAACUGUAUUAUGGGAAGAUAUGGUAAUGGAUGUAAUGUGAGUUGUAGUACACGGUGUGCUGGUGGAUGUGAUAGGGAUACUGGUACAUGUACUGACUGUAUUGUAGGAAAAUAUGGAGGUAUAUGCGAUAAAAACUGUAGUACAGGAUGUGAUGGUGGAUGUGGUAGAACUGAUGGUAAAUGUACGUCUUGUAUUAAAGGUAAAACUGGAGACAUGUGUAACACUGACUGUAAUGAUAAUUGUACUGUUUGUAAUCAGGAUGAUACCAACUCUUGUACUGAAUGUAAAGAUGGAAGAUGGGGAUCAUCAUGUAAUAAACUAUGUAAUACUAACUGUAAACCAGUAGUUGGUAAAACUGUUGGGAAAUGUAAUAUAACAAGUGGAUCAUGUACUGAAGGUUGUAAAACAAGAUUUUAUGGUAUAGAUUGUAAUAAAGAUUGUCGGCCUAACUGUAAAGAUGGUUUAUGUGAUCGGAUCACAGCAGAUUGUAUAAAUGGAUGUGUACCUGGUAAAAUAGGAUCUAAUUGUUCAACAGAUUGUGAACCGGGGAUGUAUGGUGACAAUUGUACAAAGGAAUGUGGUAACUGUGCCCAGAAUAUACCAUGUGAUAUAUCGGAUGGUAAAUGUAAAGGUGGCUGUGCAGAUGGCUUUCAAGGACCAACUUGCCAUACAAAAGAGGAAGCAGUACAAGCUACUAUAAUAGUAUCUGUUGUUGCUGCGUUGGUUGUUAUCGCGAUUAUUGGUGUUGUUAUUAUUUUGGUUGUAAGACACAGAAGACGACAGAAAUAUGUGGAAUCUAACCAACUUGAAGUCAACCAUUUGCCUAUAGAUUCAAGUCUAACCAAAAGCGAUUCGUUUUCUAAGAGAACAGUCUCUAAAGUAGGCCAAAAACCUAAAAUCGAAGUUAAUACAUAUGCCAAUCUGCUAGCAGAAGAGGACAAUGAGGCAGCACAAGUUUAUGUCAAUGAUGAUGAACCCACUGCUGCUUCUACACGUAUUCAGCUACAAAAUCUGCUUCAAUAUAUCAAACAACGAAAGGCUGAGGAAGAAUCGCUGAAAGCUGAAUUUGAGACCCUUCCAAGUGGACUAUGUGCAGCAUAUGAUUAUUGUAUGAAUGUUGUUAAUAAGCCGAAGAACAGAUACAAGAACAUAUGUGCUUUUGAUCAUUCACGAGUUAAACUGGACGUAGAAAACGAUGACCCUAAUUCUGAUUACAUCAAUGCUUGCUAUAUAACUGGAUAUGGCGACAUAGCAAACAAAUAUAUCGCUUCACAGGGCCCCGUUGAUGUUAUUGUUAAGGACUUCUUACGGUUACUAUGGGUUUCGGAGACAGGAAAGAUAGUAAUGUUAACUAACUUGGUAGAGAUGGGAAACAAAAAAUGUUUCAAGUAUUGGCCAAACAGUGGCAAGCAAAUGAAGUUUGGUCAAAUCUCCAUGACAUUGAUAAAUGAGGAUAUAUUUUCUCACUUUACUGUCAGGACUUUCAAAAUCACAAAAGACGAAUGUGGAUCCAGGACCAUCAAGCAGUAUCAUUAUACAUCAUGGCCUGAUAAAGGUGUACCUAUUGAUACUGCGUCACUGGUAGAAUUCAGAAACAAGGUAAUAAAAGCCACCUCUCCACAACCAGGACCAAUGGUGGUACACUGCAGUGCUGGUAUUGGAAGAACGGGGACUUUCAUAGCUUUAGAUUAUUCAAUAGAUAAAGCUAGAGCAGAAGGUGCUGUAGAUAUUUAUGAGUGUGUUAAACAGCUGCGAUAUGAACGAGUUAACAUGGUUCAGACUUCGGAACAAUAUGUAUUUCUACAUGAUGCUUUAGCCGAAUGGUAUAUAGCUGGAGAUAUUACAUUUCCUGUCACGUCUUAUCAAAAGGACUAUCAGACGUUACUGAAGGUCAAUAGUUCAUCUGGUAAAUCACAGCUUCAAGAAAGAUUUGAGAUGCUUGAUAGUAUAUGUCCGUCACAAAGUACAGCUGAUUGUUUGGUAGCUUUAUCAGAAGAAAACAAAGAGAAGAAUAGAGAUCUAUCCAUUUUAGCAUCUGAUAAAACGAGGCUGUGUUUAUCUAAGCCACAGAUGACAGAUUAUAUUAAUGCUCUGUUUUUAUCGAGCUACAGAAAGAAACGUGCCUACAUAUUGACCCAGACACCCUUACCAAAUACAGUGAUAGAUUUGUUUUUACAGAUCUACAAUUUAGUAGUUUAA